AUGGCUUCUCUUGGUGGUAACAUUUUACCCCUCGAACUCGACCUCAAAACAACGUUUGCUGGACUCAGCGCAGUAGCCAUCAGCGGCCUGCUCUUUUCCAAGCUCCUUUCCAAGGAUGAUGCGGAGAGAAACGGAAGCGAGGCCCCUGGCCUCCUGAAGUCUUUCCUGCUCUUCUUCUACUCCUGCUUCAUCAAGCCGCACAGUGGCGACAAGAAGGGCAACCAACAGGAUGCCCUUGAAAGCUUCUACAAGAAGCAAGCCGGCGCCUAUGAUGCAACCAGGAAGGUCCUCCUGCAAGGCAGAGAGGACAUGCUCGCGCUUGUCGCAGCACAACUGAAGGCCAAAGAACCCAAGAAGGGUGACAAGGCCAAGCGGAUCUGGGUUGAUGUUGGUGGCGGAACGGGUUGGAACAUCGAGGCCAUGUCUAGCUUCGUCAAUGUUCCCGAGUUCUUCUCCAGCGUAUACCUUGUUGACUUCUCUCCGUCCCUCUGCGAAGUUGCCCGACAGCGCUUUCAACGCCUUGGCUGGAAUAAUGUCAAGGUUGUGUGCGAGGACGCAAGGAAGUUCCGCCUCGAGGAUUAUGAAAAUGAUCUUCCGAGCAACCGCCUUUCUCCCCGCUCGCCAGUUCUGAGCUACUUCUCUCAAAAGCGCGCCGAACACGGCCGUGCGGACCUCAUCACCAUGUCGUACAGUUUGUCCAUGAUUCCUGAUUACUACUCAGUCAUCGAGUCGCUCACUCCACUCUUGUCUCCUGAUGGUGUGAUGGGAGUGGUAGACUUUUACGUUCAAUCCAAGACCGACUUCUCCUUCCGCAACUUCACAGGUGGACUUGUUGGACGCCAUGUCAACUGGUUCUUGAGAACUUUUUGGCGCGCAUGGUUCGACCUGGACCGCGUAGGUCUCGAGGCCAGUCGUCGGGACUACCUUGAGUACAAGUUUGGUACGGUUCUCAACAUCAACGCCCGCAACUAUUCUCUUGGUCGCAUUCCAUACUACGUCUGGGUCGGCUGCCACAAGAAGCCGUUCUCCUCUACGAGUCUGCCCCACGAAAUCAUUGAGAAGAUCGAUGCGCUUGCCACCGAAUCUCCUUACCUGUUUCCUGCCAACCAGGGUGAUGCCCUCACUCGUGCAAUCGAGAAAUCAGCGCCCGAGAUCCGCUCCAAGGCCUUCUUGGCAGCGAUUCAGAACCUGUCUGCGAACCUGCCACUGCCCUCGUUCUUCUACCAGAACCACCACUGGCGCAUCUACUACGACGAUCAGCUCCAGAAGCACACCCAGUUCAACGAUGAGUACAUCUACGCCUUCACUUGGGAAGACUCGCAGGUGGACGAGUGCCUCCUCAGGCUCGGCUCGGACGACGUCGUGCUGGCCAUCACCAGCGCCGGAGACAACAUCCUCUCUUAUGCCAUGCAAAGCCCGGCCAGAAUCCAUGCGGUCGACUUGAACCCCACGCAGAACCAUCUCCUCGAGCUCAAGGUUGCAUCCUACACUGCCCUCCCCUACGAGGAUUUCUGGAAGCUGUUUGGAGAGGGUAAGCACCCUGACUUCCGCUCGCUGCUCCUCACAAAGCUCUCUCCCCACCUCUCCAGCCGCGCAUUCCAGUAUUGGCUCAAGAACGUUCACGUCUUCUCCAACUCCAAGGGCUAUGGCCUCUACGACACCGGUGGUUCCCGUCAUGCCAUCCGCGUCUUCCGCUGGAUCUCUCGCAUCUUUGGCUGCCGCGCCGCCGUCAAGGAGUUCCUCUCCACCAAGACCCUCAACGAGCAGCGCGAGGUCUGGCGCAACAAGAUUCGCCCUGCGCUGCUCUCAAAGCUUGUUUGCAAACUCGUCGUCAGCCAGGAGAGCUUCCUCUGGGCCGCUCUCGGUGUCCCCAAGAACCAGCUUGCCAUGAUCGAGAACGAUCACGCCGAGAGCGAGGCCGUCAAGGGGCCAGCCCCGACGGCUCGCAAGGUCCGUUCGCACGCCAUCUGGCGUUACAUGGUGGACACCCUCGACCCUGUCGCUGAGCAGACUCAUGUUGCCGUCAACAACCCGUACUACCAUGUUUGCAUGACUGGCGACUUCACCAAGCGCUGCCAUCCCGACUACCUCUCUGAGAAGGCUCACGCCAAGCUUUCCCGCCCCAACGCCUUUGAUGGCCUGCGCAUCCACACGGACGAGAUCGACGAGGUCAUCAACCGCAUCACCCCCGGCACGUUGACCGUCGCCGUUAUCAUGGACAGCAUGGACUGGUUCGACCCGGGCUCCCCGGCCGCCGCUGCGCAGAUCACGAAGCUCAACCGCGCCCUCAAGAUGGGCGGCCGAGUGCUUCUUCGCUCAUCGGCGCUGAGCCCGUGGUACAUCAAGGUCUUCGAGGCGCACGGCUUCUCUCCCAAGAGAGUUGGCGCUCGUAUUGACGGGGCCUGCAUUGAUCGCGUGAACAUGUAUGCGUCGUGCUGGAUCAACACCAAAAUUGAGAACCUUCCCCCGCCGACCCCUGAGAUGGACCGCAUGGGCGGUUCCGAAAUCACCAGCUUCUCCUUGUCGAAUUAA